CAGCCGCACCCAGAGAACACGCUGCACCUACGCCUGCACCGGGCACGCUCCGUGGUCCUCACCGCGCAAGAACUAGUCGAGAUCCGCGCCGCGCAGCGCACGUUCGAAGGAGCGUAUGUGCGGACGGCGCUGGGGCAGUUCUCGUUCGCGCUGGUGGUGCUGCGGAUCUUCACGGCGGAGUUUUACGGCGUGGGCGCGCUGUGCGCGACGUAUGGUGCGGCGGUGUUGCUGGUUGCUGCGUAUCGGAGGUAUGAGGGCAACCGGCAAUUUUUCAGUGAGGUGGGGAGUGAUGGGUUGGGCAGGAAGAAGUUUCGCACGAGUGGGAACGCGGUG